AUGGACAGAAGCUUUGUCGCCAACUCAGUAACCAAGAUGAAGAGCCUUCACCACAGGCACCGAAUCUUGCCGAACCAGUGCAGCUCGAGCCUGGUCCAAGCCAUCGACGCGCCGCUGCCGCUGGUCUGGUCCAUGGUGCGCCAAUUCGACAACCCUCAAGCCUACAAGCGCUUCGUGAGGAGCUGCACCAUGCAGGUCGGCGACGGCAACGCCGGCAGCGUCCGCGAGGUGAGGGUGAUUUCCGGCUUGCCUGGCCGGACCAGCAUCGAGCGGCUCGACAGGCUCGACGACGAUCUGCAUGUUAUGAUUUUCAGCAUUAUCGGCGGCGACCACCGGCUGGAGAAUUACCAGGCCACCACCACCCUGCAUAACGGGGAGAACGGCGGGGGGACGGUGGUGAUCGAGUCGUACGUGGUGGACGUGCCGGCAGGGAAUAGCAAGGAAGAUACUUGCGUGUUUGCGGAUACGAUCGUUGCUUGUAAUCUCAAGUCCUUGGCCAGUAUCAGUGAGAAAAUGGCUUCCAGGACUGAGGGCUAGCUAGUGCGC